ACAUUAUUGCACAUUUAAAACCAGAAAAAAAACAUUAAUAUUGUAGGAAACAUUUGGUAGAAUAAAAUGCAUGGCACAGGGCAGAGAAACACCUGUAUGACGUCAUUCAACAGCAUCGCGAGCCUUCACGACCGACCGCGGCAAGCAGUACUCUGGAGGAGAGACUGCUGCCCCUUUAAGUAACAAACGAUUACAAGUAAACAACUUCAAUGAGGAUUUAUUGGAAUUUUGCAGGAACAUUUACCGUGAAUGUGAAGAUAACUGCAUCUCAAUUCUGUGGAACGGGGUAAUUUUUGGGUAGCGCACGAGAGGGUUACUUGCUAGCUGACUGGUUAGCAUCGUUCUCGCUAACUAAACAUGGUGGCCAGUGAACGAAAAGAGCUCUAAAAUAUUUAAGAAAAGCUUAUUGUUGAAUGGUGAGACAUUGUUGUAACCUUUUUACACAUACUAAAAAUAUUGGCUGGAUUUGCAGACUUCAAAUGCACUUUUCGGUUAAUCUGAAUAUCCCAAAAGGAGUCAAGCUGCCCCGACACAAUUGCCAUGCAUUGGACAACCCGUUUGAAAAGUUAUAAUUAACGUUACGUUUUCGUUAUGUUCUACAAUGUAUUAUAUAUAGACGAACACAAACCUUGAACAACGAUUUCAAAUGCACAUUAGGAUUUCUCUCGUGGAACAAACACCACUCUCUCAAUUCCAAUGUGACCAUGGUUGUAACAUUGUUACUGAGCUGAGAUAACGGCUACAAAAUAACCUUUUUAUUCUGCAGAGAAAUCAUUUGCUCAUCUGUACUGGAAAUAUUGUUUGAUUAAGGAAAUUACCACUGUUUGGCAAACAUUUCUACUCGUACUGAGAACAUGCACUGCGAGACGUUAUGGAUUAUCACGUAGUCCGACACGCACACAAUCCAGAAUUUGGGAAUUGGAACCAAGUGAUGGUUUUCAGAUUUGGGAUUUUAAGAUGCUUCACACAAGACAUUGUUUACCUUCAAUAGAAUUUAGAGGACUUGCAGAGAAAAUUACAUGGAGACUCGUCUGACAUGCCAAGGAAGGAGUUACCACUACCAGAGGGUUGGGAAGAAGCCCGGGAUUUUGACGGGAAAGUCUACUUUAUCGACCACAUCAAACACGCUACUAGUUGGAUUGAUCCAAGAGACAGGCAGACUAAACCUCUGACAUUUGCUGACUGCAUUGGAGAUGAGCUGCCUGUGGGUUGGGAGGAGGCCUACGACCCCAAUGUCGGGGCCUACUAUGUGGAUCAUAACACAAAGAGCACUCAGCUGGAGGACCCGCGGGCCCAGUGGCAGCGGGAGCAGGAGGUCAUGCUGCGGGAGUACCUGGACGUGGCCAAGGACGCGCUGAGUGCCCAGAAGGAGAUUUACCAGGUGAAGGAGCAGCGCCUGCGCCUGGCCCAGCAAGAGUACCUCCAGCUCAACAACGCCUGGAGGGACAGGUCCACCUCCCAGACCAGCUUGAAUUCCAGAUCAUCCUCCAGCAGUAAAUAUGACCCAGAAAUCCUCAAAGCCGAGAUUGUCACUUCCAAAAGUAGGGUGAAUAAGUUGAAGAGAGACCUAGCCUGCAUGAAACAAGAGUUGCAGUACAAAGAGCAGGGCUUUGAAACGCUGAAAGAGAUCAACCACAAGGUGUCCAGCGUGCCUUACGGUGUCAAGCUUCACGAUGAGCAGGCCACCCUGAACGAGGUCAAGUCCAUCCGGGACGCCAUCAGCUCCGGGGAGAAGGAGAAACAGGAGCUCAUGCAGAAACUAGCAGUGCUUAAGGAUGGCUUCCAGUUGGACUCGGUGGGUUCUCAGUCUGACCUGUGGGGCAGCAGCCCCUCCCUGGCCAACUCUGAGCUGUACAUCCCCCGCCUCUACUCCGAAGCCGGAUCCCAGACCAACAUACCUGCUGAGUUUGUGACCAACACCAACAACUUGGCAGAGAAGGUGCGACUGAGUCUGAAGUAUGAAGAAGCAAAUAGAAGGAUUGCCACCAUCGAGGUGCAGAUAGCCAAGCUGGACAGUGAGGCGUGGCCAGGGCUGCUGGACCCAGAGCGUGACCGCCUCAUCCUCAUCAAUGAGAAGGAGGAGCUACUCAAGGAGCUGCAAUACACCAAGCCUUGCAAGAAAGUGCCCAGUGACCAGGAGAAGAUAGAGACACAAAAGAAAAGGCUUGAGAGAGACCUGCAGGCUGCCAGGGACAACCAGAGCAAGGCCCUGACCGAGAGAUUAAGAUUGCACUGUAAGAGGAACAAGCUGGUGAGAGAGCUGGAGGAGAUGGUUCGCUUGGCCUCAUCACUACACACUCAGCUCAAGAGUCUUUCGGCCAGCACACUGUCGUGUUCCUCAGGCAGCAGCCGUGGCUCUCUGACCUCCAGCCGGGGCUCUUUGGCCACCACGUCAUCCCUGGGCUCCACCUCCUCCCUGAGCUUCACAGAUAUUUACCUGGAGCAACCUGAGCUGGGAGACCCAGACUUCCAGAACAAAUUGGACUCCCUACUGCAGGAGGGUGGCCCAGGGGUCAGCUACCGGCCCUCCAGCUCCAUCACCACCAUCCACGAACACGAGGUGGUCGCUGGGGGAGAGGGAGCGGGCGACAAGGGGGGUGUUGUCGGUGGGGGAGCAGAGGCCAGAACCAGGCUACAGGCGCUGAGACUAUCAGAGACGCCAAGGUCGAUCAGUUCACUGUCGCCGAGGUCUUCGAUGUCGUCACUCUCGCCGCCCUGCUCGCCACUGGUCACGGACUCUAUAUUCCUCUCCGGGGAGAGGUUUGCGGGACCAGGGGGCCCAGGUGGGGGACUAGACAUGGAGCUGCAUAGCAGGCUGACUGAGCUGGGGCUGGACAAGGAGGAGCAGCAGCACCCUGGAGGGGUGGAGGAGGAUGCCACUACCAUAGCUGGAGAGAUGUUUAAAGAUGCCAUAGUGCAAGCCAGAGGGACAGUGGGGGCGGGGCCUAAGAAGAUGGGCGUGAUGUCAGCAGUGUCUGAUGAGUCGGUGGCGGGUGACAGCGGGGUGUAUGAGCCCUCAGAGACGAGGUCAGUCCUCCCUGCAGAGCUGCUGCUGGGCUAUGAGGAGAGGGGAGGACUACUAGGCUGUGCCCAGGUCAGACUGGGCCUGAAGUACGAGGUGAAAGACAAGCGCUUCACCAUGUUCGUCAUGCAGCUCUCCAAUUGCAGCGUCCUCGUACUGCCACCAGACCACAAAAUAUACAUCCGUGUGGCGGUGCUCCCGUGCUCAGAGUCCACCUGCUGCCUCUUCCGGACGCGUGGCUCUCUACCCCAGGACAUUGUGGAGGUCAAUGAAGUCUUCGGUGUCCAGAUGGCCCACAAUGCCCUGCGGCAGAAGACCCUGAGGGUGGACAUAUGCCACACCAGCCUGUCUGGCCGUGAGGAGUGUCUUGCUGGUGCUCAGAUAAGCCUGGCUGAUGUCAACACCUCUGGGGAGAGAUGUGUCAAGAGCUACAACCUCCUCAGCUACUCCUUCAUGCCCCAGAUCAAUAACAAGGACAAGACUGGAACGGCUCGGCAGUUUGAAAGGAGCUCUGUCCCCACCACAGAGAGAGUAGCAGGCAGUCUGGAGGGUGACCCAGAGGAGGAUGAAUGUGUUUCAACCCUGUACAGGCACAGUGAAGAGCUGGAAGGUGAAGUGUUUGAAGACGAAGAAAAUGACCACAUAGAGGGGGCAGGACCUCUAGAGGAAGAGGAGGGGCUAUAUCCUGACAGCAGCCAUUGGGAGGGAGAGGAAGUGACAACCAAACCGACUGGAACAGGAACCCUGGCUGAGAGGGUGAACAAGGAGACCAGUACCGGCCACCACCACCAUGUCUCCUCCUCGGUGGUCCGGCCAAAGGAGCGUCGGCCCCACCAUGUUUCCCAGCAGAAUGCCUUCUUCCAGGGCAACACCAUCAUCCGCUCCAAGACCUUCUCCCCUGGGCCCCAGAGCCAGUACAUCUGCCGGAUCAACCGCAGUGACAGUGACAGCUCCACUCUGUCAAAGAAGUCUCCUUUCAUCAGGAACGCAUCAGAGAGACGCAGCAUGCGCAUGAAGAAGCCCUCGGUGCCGGUGCGGAGCCUGGACGGGCUGCUGCGGACCAGUCUGGACCUAGAGCUGGACCUGCAGGUGUCCAGGACGCGCCACACGCGACUGGCCCAGGAGCUGCGUGUCCUCAGGGAGCUGAAGGAGCAGCUGGAGAGAGCCCGGCAGCAGGGAACCAGAGAUCUCCCCACCUGGGUGCAAGACGACGAGCGCUUUCGUCUGCUUCUCAGACAGGCCGAGAAACAGACCCGUGAGGAGCAGCUGCAGGAGCAGAGGGUGGAGAAGAUGAUGCGUGCUGCGGCCAAGGAUGUCCACAAGCUCCGAGGCCAGAGCAGGAAAGAGAUGCCUGAGGUCCAGUCCUUCAGAGAGAAGAUGGCCUUCUUCACUCGAGCAAAGACCAACAUCCCUGAUCUGCCUGUCGACGAUGUGUAGCGCAUUUCCAGUAUUCCAGUCUUAACUGCUGUUUCCAAGCAGAUGACUCUGAAGCAGACUUCUGGUGGUAUUAUGAAGAAUGGAGAAUAAUAAAAUAAUAAUGUAUAGGAAAAAAUACCGUCACAUUUUUUUUUAGAUCUCAUUUUGCUAAUCUGUAUAGUUGUUUGUGUUAGCAACUAGAGCAUUGUUUUCUUCCACUCUCUCUGUAGCAGUAUUGUUACUGUUACUAAUAAGUGGAUGUUGGAAGAGACCGUUAGAGGUUUUAUGGUAAAAUCGUAAUUCCAAUACACACCAGCCCUUUCUGUGUGGAAUUUGAAAAGAUAAAGAGAAAUGCUGUUCUGUUCUUUAGCCAGGACCACUUAUUUGUUGUAGUCUAAGAUGUGGAUAUUGACCCCCAGAGGUACUUUACAUUAUUUAUAGCACAACACAUCUACAAAAUCAAUAUUGUUAUUGUAUGAUGGUGUACUAUGACCGAAUGUGUGGUUGUAUAGUAUACUGAAACUGGCUGUCUGUCCCUAGUCACACUGCACAUGGUUCUCAUAGUAACCCUCACUGGUGCACACACCGUCUCUCAGCAUUGUGUAGGAAGUGCACUGACUCUCACCUAUACUCAGGUAGUUUAUUGGAUAAUUUGUGCACUUUUAAAAUGGUCAUCUAUAAAAGAGGAGAGAGGCGUUGAAGAAGUGGGAGGAGUGCUCCACUUCAGGCUGGAGUGAUUGUUGAAUCACCGCCUAACAAAGCACAUGAUUAUGAAAGACAAAAGAAGUGGAGGAGAUAACUUGUAUUUAAUGAAGAUCAUUGCUGGUGAUAAACUCCCCAUUGACUGUAUGAUUUAAAACGGUAGUGAAGUUAUCCAAAAACCAUGGAAUAACUGAGGACUCUAAAGUAUAUCUUAGCCUAAAGUCUGAUCACUUUUCCUGCUCUCAUCCCUUUUACCCCUUCCCUUAAAUUCUUUGUAACUGGACAUGUUGAAGACUCAUACAAACAGUAUCCCAAUUGUUCUUCUGCUAUCUUUUUUUGCAUCUCUCAACUGGACUUUCUAUAUGUAAACCUUACCUUAUCACACUAACUGGGAUAUUUGUCGACGAGCCCCCUUCCAAAGAGAAUCUUCCCUUCCAGUCUGGGGCAGUACUAGGGACCCCUGUUACACUGGCAAAGCUUUAGUACAUACAGAGAUGAAUAAGAUCAGGUCUGCCUCUGUAUCCAUCCUGCAUGGAGCAUUGUCUCAUCAAUGACCACAGGAAUUGGCAAGACCGCACAAACAGAUCUGGGACGAGGCUACACUUCUAGUCUAGCAGCCAUGUUUCCCAAUAUAUCUCUCUGUAAGCAGACAUGACAAAGUCCUCCUGAGGAUUUAAUUUUAUCUCUGCAUGGUGCUCUCUAUGUGCCAGAGGUAUCGUUGAACAGGCUUACUGUUGCAAGUACAUAUCUGGCUCUGAUUGAUCACGUCUGUGAUCUUCACAGGCGACUAGUGGUGUCUGUGUUAAUGAAAUGUGAUGAAGAAGUGAAAUGUGUAAGUGGAUCAACUGGCAGUACAGGGUGAAAUCAGAGGGCUUUUAACUAGGCUACUGGAAACGGUACAGGAAGAAAUCAGAGGGCUGUAACUAGGCUACUGGAAACAGUACAGGAAGAAAUCAGAGGGCUGUAACUAGGCUACUGGAAACAGUACAGGAAGAAAUCAGAGGGCUGUAACUAGGCUACUGGAAACAGUACAGGAAGAAAUCAGAGGGCUGUAACUAGGCUACUGGAAACAGUACAGGAAGAAAUCAGAGGGCUGUAACUAGGCUACUGGAAACAGUACAGGAAGAAAUCAGAGGGCUGUAACUAGGCUACUGGAAACAGUACAGGAAGAAACUCUGUACAGGAGAAACUCUGUAGACUAGAUCAGAACAGUCAGCUUGCUACUCUCUCUCUGUAAACACUUAAUAAUGGAUGGCAUUUCAGAUGAUAGAGAUGUCUUGGAUGUUGGUUUGAAGGGGUGGUCAUAAGGGGAUAUGUACAAGGGCCCCUGAACACAUGCAAAUGUCUGGAGUGUUUUGGUGAUUUUAGAUGUUUGAGAUUAGUUUUGCUUUUCAUCAAAUCCUACUCUCCCACACCCUUUUUUUAUGUUGACCAAACAUGAUUGUGUGAUACCAAUUAUAUUGGGCCUGAAUUACAAUCUACUGAUAUUGGAGUAGCCUACUUUUCAACAGAAACAUAGCUAGCUUCUUUCCAUCUCAAUAGAGCACUAUUUAGCACCAUACGUAGAUAGCACCCCAAUAUCUGAUAUACAGUCAGAGGCCACUUAAAGCUCAAUACAACAUUAGGCUAGUUCGAACUCUGUGGUGAUGUAGUGAUUUGUCCAAUCCACAACAGCCAGGAUAACAUUGAGACAGGUUCAUGCUUCAUAGAAUGUUGAGCAUAAUGACUCUGAAUAUGGAGAGGAGUCAGAGUGGAAUGAAAUCACAUGCCCAGCAUCUCAAUUUGUAUAAUAGCACAAGACCUUAGUCUGAUUUUUUUUGAUGGUCAUGAAUUCGCACUAAUGUUCUGCAAAUGAUGAGUAGAGAUUCACUUGUGUCCAGUGUCUCACCCCAAUGGAUAUUGCUCUGUAGUUUGAAUACAUUCCAUGUUUCAUACCCUUUACAGAUAGAAUAAUACCCCGAUUUGAACAUCAGAAAUGAUUUUCUACUCCACACCAUACUAAUAAUGUUAGAUCAGACAAUUGAAUUCCUUCACUGCUUUUUUCCUUACUGAUAGUCUGAAGUUCACAUGCCAUUCCAUAAUGCACUGGUUGUCUUUUGCCGCCGCCUUUGGUUUCAUGGCGUUCGCACAUUUGGAUUGCAUGCUGCCACAUAGUGUGUGGUCAAUCGCGUUACACGUCAAAAAAAGAGAAGUGGGAAAAGGAACAUAUUGCACCACCAACUAAAAGGCGCUGCAUGGUCAAGCCGAUGUCUGCAUGGUCAAUCCGAUGUCUGCAUGGUCAAUCCGAUGUCUGCAUUGUCCGUGCAGCAUUUAUGGUGAUAUGGCCUCUGCAGAAGUCAGGGCAUUCAUGCUUUGCGGAGUAGUGCAGAGCUGUUGUGAAGGAUGGGGUCAAGGAAGUGAGUUUGUGUUUAUACAGUUUGUGUUCAUAAAAAUCACCCCCCCAUUCCACUACUUUCACCCUAACUGAUCCUACACUAGGCCUGGGAGGACGGUACUCUUUUCUCUGCCUCAGCAUAUGACACCUUCUGUUCUACUCUGAGCCUGGCAACCUCAACCUGUCUUUCUUGCAUCGGGCACUUCUGAUCCCCAGCAACAUGGGCACCUCCACAAUGGACACUUUGUUUCCCCCACUGAUACUACACAUUCCUUUGUCACUUGCCCUCCUGCACACUUCUCAUCUCAGAAUCUCCCUCCAACACACUGCUGCAAUAUGACCAUAAGUUUGGCAUCUGAAACACAGUGGGUUCUGCACAAAGGCUCUCACGGGAAAGCUGACAUAUCCUAACAUUACCUUUAUCAGGUGAAAAGGACAGACAGCAUCUUCUGAGUUUCACCACGCUCGCCACCGGGUCUGUGUUGCAAAUGGCGGGCAUCACAGACGCAGAGAAUCUUACAUUUCAGUUGCUCCACCUCUAAACUUAACGCCACUCUUGUAAUCACUCCUUUCAAACCUCCGCCACGUGUGUUCUGGCUUUGGCCCAACCCAUCAGUUUCUAGACGGCCCGAAAUAUGUUGCAUUUGGUGAAGUGUCAGGAACGUACGCCGAUCCAGACCAUAGAGAUAGAGGAAUCAUCUUUGUAUCGGCCAUUAUAGUGUAUGUGACAGCAUGGGCAGCGCCAUUGAGGCGAUUUCCAUUUUGAAGUAAUUGAUUUUCUUCAUGAUUUUGCUGAUCUCUCCUGAUGACCCGGUUGGACAUGGAAGUCCCACCCAGCUGACUACAUUAAAAUGGUAGAAGUCCUCAAUGGCGCUGCCCAUGUUAAUAUGGCCUUUUGACCACUAGAGGCCUCUAUCAUUCUUUAUGAUCCAAACUCAUUGCAGAGAAUAAACUAAAGUCUGUGGUCGUGGCGUAGUGUUUGACUGGAGCAGGAUCCUGGGUAGCCAGGCAAAUCAGAGGAAACCAUCAGACCAACUCCUUGAAUACCCUACUCUUUGAAGUUUGCUCAACAAAUUGUUUUACCCUUUAGUGUGUGUAUUUUAAUGUAUUGAUACUUGGGAUAUUGCUUUUUAAAAGGAAAAGUUACAAAAUCGUUGCUGGAGGACAUCUUUAAAAUGCACUACAUGACCAAAAGUAUGUGGACACCUGCUUGUCAAACAUCUCAUUCCAAAAUCAUGCUACAACAGCCUCCACUCUUCUGGGAAGGCUUUCCACUAGAUGUUGGAACAUUGCUGCAUGGACUAGCUUCCAUUCAGCCACAAGCAUUAGUGAGGUCAGGCAAUUAUGUUGGCCAAUUGUCAUGCUGAAACAGGAAAGGGUCUUCCCCAAACUGUUGCCACAAAGUUGGAAGCACAGAAUUGUCUAGAAUUUCAUUGUAUGCUGUAGCGUUAAGAUUUCCCUUCACUGGAACUAAAGGGCAUAGCCCAAACCAUGAAAAACAGCCCCAGACUAUUCCUCCCCCACCAAACUUUAUUUUUAUUUUUUAACGUAUUUAUUAAGAUUUAUUUUUUUAUACCUUUAACUAGGCAAGUCAGUUAAGACGGUAUAGGAACAGUCUAGGAACAAUGGGUUAACUUCCUUGUUAAGGGGCAGAACGACAGAUUUUUUACCUUGUCAGCUUGGGGACUCGAUCUUGCAACCUUUUGGUUACAAGUCCAACACUAACCAUUAGGCUACCUGCCGCAUAGUCCGUCGGACUGCCAGAUGAGGCGGCAGGUAGCCUAGUGGUUAGAGCGUUGGACUUAUAACCGAAAGGUUGCAAGAUCGAAUAUCCAAGCUGACAAGGUCGUUCUGUCCCUGAACAAGGCAGUUAACCAACUGUUCCUAGGCAGUCAUUAAAAAUAAGAAUGUGUUCUUAAUUGACUUGCCAAGUUAAAUAAAGGUUAAAAAAUAAAAUUAAAGGUGAAGCGUGAUUCAUCACUCCAGAGAACACGUUUCCACUGCUCCGGAGUCCAAUGGCGAUGAGCUUUACACCACUCCAGCCGACGCUUGACAUUGUGCAUGGUGAUCUUAGGCUGCUCGGCCAUGGAGACCCAUUUCAUAAAGCUCCCGACUAACAGUUCUUGUGCUGACGUUACUUUGAGGCAGUUUGGAACUCUGUAGUGAGUGUUGCAUCCGAGAACAAGAUUUUUACGCGGUCCUGUUCUGUGAGCUUGUAUUCUACCACUUGGCGGCUUAGCCGUUUGGGCUCUUAGACGUUUCCACUUCUCAAUAACGGCACUUAUUGUUGACUGGGGCAGCUCUAGCAGGGCAGAAAUGUGACAAACUGACUUGUUGGAAAGGUGGCAUGCACGCUGAAAGUCACUGAGCUGUUUUUCUAUGUAGAUGGCUGUGUGCUCAAUUUUAUACGCCUGUCAGCAACGGGUGUGGCUGAAAUAACCUAAUCCACUAAUUUGAAGGGGUGUCCACAUACUUUUGUGUAUGUAUAAGGUGUUACAAAAAGUUUUAGUUUGGACCAUUUCUAUCCUUUCACAAUUUUACAAACUGUACAAUGUUGCACUUCACCACUUUAAAGGAAAGUCACUAUUCAUGGCACAGCAAUUUAUUCUACAUGAACUGCAUACUGUGAAUGGAUCCUUUGGAGAGUGUGCCUUUUUAGAUUAAAUAUGAUUUUAACCUGAGGCGAAAAUGUGGUCACCAUCCAAAAACAGAUAACACUACUUUUUGUUGCCUCAAAUAACAUGUACUGUUUGCAUUUGAAUGUGAACUGUUUACUUUUUAAAAAAUCAUGAUUUACUCCAGUGUAGAGAGAGUAAACCAAUCAGAGGUCUUAUAUUAGGACUUCUUAUUGGAUUUCAGUGUGGAUGGAACAGUGCUAUCUAUAUGUGAUUAACUGAAGCUAGCCAUGAUUGACUAGAUGGUUUGUAACUUGGAUCUAAAGGCUUAAAUGUACUAUUAUAACACCACCCAGCAUGUGUAUUGUUGACAGAAGUGGUCAAUAUAAUCAGAAAUUAACGAUUAAGUAAGUCUUACUUCAAGUCAUCAAAAACCAUCACUGUCAGAACCUGAAGCUGGUAGCAUUGAAUGAUUUGUCGUCAUGUAGGAUGUGAUAAUUCUUGUUUUGAAGUUCAAGUGCAUUUUUGUUUUAUUAUUAUAAAGUUUUAAUCUGUUGUAUUAAGGAUGGCAAAGAACCUGGUAUGUGUAUGGAAAUGAUUUGAGAAAUGUAUUUAUUGCACUUUCUGAUUUGGGUGUGUGGUGUUUGUUUCCUUUCUCGUGAGACUCCUGAAAGCUGUGAAUUUUAUCAUGGACACUGUACCGUCAACCAGAAUUGUAAAUAUUUCACCAGCACAAAAAUGUUUUGUAGUUUCACAACAAGUAAAACAUUUUUUUUGUUCUA